AUCAUAUACUGCUAGUACCUUGCAAGUUUGAUCAGUUCAUUUUAGACAUUAUAAGUUUUGGAACUAUUCGUCUGAAGGUGUUGCACUUGCUGCUGAACGUUUAUCUCUGUUGACAGGUGAAGGAGGCCACAAAAUACUGCAGUAAAUCGAGUUARRRCAUCAAGAAASUAUAUUAUACUCCAAACCGCAGGAAUAUGCAAGCGAAUGAAUCUUCAAACGCCACCUCCAACCAAACCAACAAUUUCCCGCCACCCCUGACAGACAUGAAGCUAUUAGGAACAGUGUUCUUUUCCUUGAUCUGUUCUCUUGGCGUCGUUGGAAAUUUYCUUGUCCUUCUAACUUUAGCUCGCUGGAGGGAWAUGMGAACCCCUUGUAAUCUACUCAUUGCCAAUAUCUCGUUUGUGGACUUCAUYGUUGCAGCUAUCAUGUCACCCUUGAGGAUUGUUGAGAUUUCAGAUCUUGGUUGGGUGCUUGGUGAGUUUCUUUGUUACGUUCUUGCUCCUUUUCAAGAUGGUUUGAUAUCUGUAUCGGCCGUCUGCCAUACAGUUAUAGCAAUCGAGAGAUAUCGUGCUAUUUUGGUGCCGUUCAAGCCUAGGCUUAACGCUCGUAAAGUCAAGAUUACCUUAGCGCUGGUCUGGAUUGGAUGUUAUCUCGGAGCAUCGUUGCCUUUGGUGUUCUUCAUAACAUAUGAACAAAGGGGUAAURUAAUGAUCUGUUUAGCAGACGGGUUCCCUGUGGAGCACAUUUAUAUCUAUUCRCUGUACUUGGUCAUUGCAUUCAUCGUCAUUCCCCUGUCCCUUCAAACUACAUCAUAUAUCAUGAUAGUUCGCUUUCUACAGCGAAAAGACGYCGUUCAGAAUCACCAAGAAUCAUGCAUGACAAGCUCGUCACGUAUACAGCUGAACACUACAAAACGGCGAAUCAAGAAGAAAAAGCGACUGGUCAAAAUGCUGAUAACUCUKAUGGUGGUUUUUCAGCUUUGCUACAUUCCUCGUGGGAUGAUCAUGAUUUUGUAUGAGUGGGGAGGACCUCUACUCGGUCAUCCAUUGUUUCCGUACAUYGAUUUAGCAACCAUGUUGUUGUUCUACAUAAAACACAUAAUAAAUCCUGUSAUAUUGUAUUCGAUGAGUCAAGACUUUAGGCAUGGUUUGGUGUACCUUGCGAGGUGUCGUACAGUGGAAGAAUUCUCAUCGGAUGGCUAUGGUAGCGGGAAAAAGAGCACGUACAAAACGAAAUUGUGAAU